AUGGUUCACUCCCGCUUCCUUGGCCUCUUGGCAGCAGUCACGCCGCUAGCUGCUGCCCUCAACAUCACAGUGAGCUCUGAAGGCGGCAAUGUCACGAGUGGGCAUCAAUAUGGCUUUCUGCACGAGGACAUCAGCAAUUCGGGAGAUGGUGGUCUUUACGCCGAACUGAUCCGCAACCGAGCCUUCCAGUCGAGCUACUCAUACCCGUCCACGCUCGAGGGUUGGUAUCCCGUCAACGGCGCUGCCCUGAGUCUCCAGAACCUGAGCACGCCUCUUUCUGAUGCCUUGCCCACUUCCGUAAACGUCGCUGUAAGCGGAGACAGCGCCAACGGCACUGCCGGUCUUUACAACGAUGGUUACUGGGGAAUAGAUGUCAAGCAGAAGACCUACACUGGCUCCUUCUGGGUCAAGGGCACUUACAGCGGUAGCUUCAAGGCUGCCCUCAUUUCCAAUAUCACUGGAGAGGUCUUCGGAAGUGUUGCUGUCGAGUCAAAGAGCACUGCUGAUGGGUGGGUGGAACACCCAUUCGAGUUGAUCCCCACUGUUGAUGCUCCCAACUCCAACAACUCUUUCGCGCUUACCUUCGAUGCUGCCUUUGCCACGGAUGGCUCGCUUGAUUUCAAUCUUGUCAGCUUGUUCCCGCCGACAUACAAGGGUCGUGCUAACGGUGUUCGAGUCGAUCUUGCAGAAGUUCUAGAGGGUUUCCACCCCACUAAUUUGCGCGUACCUGGCGGUAACAUGCUCGAAGGAUUGGUUAACAGCUCGUACUGGGACUGGAAGAACUCCAUUGGCCCUCUGAAGAACCGUCCUGGUUUCGCUGGCGUCUGGAACUAUCAACAGACCAACGGCCUGGGGCUUCUCGAGUACCUUGAGCUGUCUGAGGACAUGAACCUCGAACUUGUCGUCGCAGUGUAUGCUGGAUUGUCGCUCAAUGGCGAUGUGACUCCUCAGGACGAGCUGCAACCCUUCAUUGACGAUGCAUUGAACGAGAUUGAGUUCAUCACAGGUUCGGUCGAUACCACAUGGGGCGCAAAGCGUGCUGAGUACGGUCACCCCGAGCCGUUUACUCUGAAGUACGUUGAGGUCGGUAAUGAGGACUGGCUCGCCGGCGCUCCAGUGGGCUGGGAGACCUACAAAGAAUAUCGUUUCCCCAUGUUCCUCGAGGCCAUCAACGCUGCCUACCCCGACAUCCGGGUCAUCUCAUCUGGCUCGGUGCUUGACAACUACGCCAUUCCGGCCCCUGCUGAUGGUGACUACCACAUCUACGGAACCCCCGAUGACAUGGUCGACCAAUUCGAUCUCUUCGACAACGUCGAGAUUCCCCAUCUCAUUGGUGAGGCUGCCGCUGUACACCCAAACGGCGGGUCCGCCUGGAACGGUGGUCUCCUUGAGUACCCUUGGUGGGGUGGCUCCGUGGGCGAAGCCGCCUCCUUGAUCGGAUACGAGCGAAACUCGGACAGGAUCCUGGGCGCUCUGUACGCACCCAUCAUCAGGAGCCUGGACAGAUGGCAGUGGGCGACAACAAUGAUACAGUUCGCGGCCGACCCUGCGCUGACGACCAAAUCCACCAGCUGGUACACCUGGGAGCUCUUCGCCGGACAUAUCUUCACGCACACCCUGCCCGCCACCGCCGACUUCGACCCCGCCUUUUAUGUCGCGGGUAAGAAUGCAGACACCGGCGCCUACAUAUUCAAGUCCGCUGUAUACAACACGACCGACGGCGCUGAUGUGCCCGUGUCGCUGACUUUCGAUGGCGUUGCCGCCGGGACUUCGGCCGAGUUGACCCUUUUGACUGGACCAGAGGAUCCCUAUGGCUAUAACGACCCAUUCACUGGCGUCAACGUGGUUACCACCACCAAGACCACCGUUACUUCUAACGGUGACGGUGCAUUCGAGUUCACAUUGCCGCAACUAAGUGUCGCCGUCUUGGAUACUGGUGCCGUAAGCAACUACACAACGAGGUCGACGAAGUCGAUGAAGUAUGGGAAGCGAACUUGA